AUGUUUUCCAUGAAAGAUUUAGGAGAGGCUGAUGUAAUUCUUGGAAUCAGAAUUAAGAGGAUGAACAAAGGAUUGGUGAUGACUCAAAGUCAUUAUGUUGAGAAAAUUCUCAAGCGAUUUAAUUUUACAGAUUGUUCUCCUGUGAGUACUCCUAUGGAUCCAAGUGUGAAAUUAAUGCCAAAUAAUGGCGUUCCCAUUUCACAAUUGGAAUACUCUAAGGCUAUUGGUAGCUUGAUGUAUGUCAUGACAAGUACCAGACCUGAUAUUGCUUUUGAUGUGGAUACAUGGAAAGGAGAUACCUACAUGGUUGUGAAGUGUAGCCGCAUUUCAAAAGGUUGUGCACUUGACCUUGAUACAAUCAUGAGAGGAUUGGGACACACAGCUUUAUAA